CUCCAGUUGAACGGCUAAAGAGGCCUCAAAGCCCCCAGAUUGUUUUUUGCCGUUGAGCCGAGCGCACGUAUUCGAAAAAACAACUAAUAGUGUAUAAUAGUGCAGUAUUGUGUAAAAUACGCGCGUCUCUGCUGUCUCGCUCUGGCACCCACCCAUACACUUUCGCGUGCCAAUACACACAUACCUGUACGAGAGCGAGAUACGAAAAACGGUGCAUGGAAAAUAGGAAAAUCGGAACUGAAAAAGUCGGAAUUUCGUUUAAUCGAGUUAGCAGCGCGUACUACUGUCAGUUUUAAAUUGAAAGUGUCGGCCCACGGUUUUCCAAAUAGUCAUAUUGUUACGAAAUUCGAAACAAAACACAUACCCAGAAGUUCUCGGAAAAAAACAUCUCGGCGCGAAAAAAUCGAUGCAGCAAUGUAAAAAUUUGACAAACUCCCGUACCAUAGAAUGAAAGCAACAAUUGAGUUACACAUAUACAUAGUGUAGUUAAACGGUGUGUUACGUUCAUAUACAUACUCGUAACAAUAAUAAUAAAAGCGCGGCGCAUCAACCCGAGCGGCUUAUUCAUCCAUGCAGGAGAUUCGAGAUACAAAACAUCAGAUACAAUAGCAUUCGAAUUUUAGGCAGUUGGGCGGUCCCACACGAGAUUCUCAUCUUAACGAUAAAACCUAAGGUUUUUGGCAAUUAACUAAUAUUGUAGCUGUGGAAAGGAGCUACACCACAGCAAAUGCACCAACAUCAAGCGGUUGAUAAACCCGAACCCAGAGCAACUUGAAGACUGGCAGACCUACGUAAUUACAACAAAUUGCAGCAACAACAAAGCAACGCCUACGACACGCCAGUGAUUACAACAAUAAUAGCGGCAAAAGCAAAAACGAAAUUGUUUACCACAACACGACAUAACCUGUUGUAGCUAUUUCACUGUACUGCAUUGUUGCUCACCUCUCGGCAUCUAAAAUUGGGCAUUCACAAGCGGCUUAUAGUAAAUACGUGGUUAACCAUCGGCUGCGAAUACACAUUCAUUAUAUAGCCGGAAUCUGCAAGUGGCACACCUGUGGCCACGGGUCAGUUGAACACCAGUUGGAGCAGCAGCAUCGCCAUCACCAUCACCAUCACAGCCACAAGCACACACAAUGUCGAGACUCACCGAGGAAAUGGUGAUUGCGCGGGCCAAGCAAUCCGAUCUGUCUCUGAUCAAAAAGCUAAAUUGCUGGGGCAGUGAUCUCAGCGAUGUGUCCAUCAUCAAGCGAAUGCGUGGAGUGGAAGUUCUGGCUCUUAGUGUCAACAAGAUCAGCACGCUGUCGACCUUCGAGGAUUGCACAAAGCUGGAGGAGCUGUAUCUGCGCAAAAACAGCAUCUCUGACAUCAAUGAGAUUGCCUACCUGCAAAAUCUUCCGAGUCUCAGGAAUCUCUGGCUGGAGGAAAAUCCCUGCUGCGAACAAGCUGGCCCCAACUAUCGCUCGAUCGUAUUACGCGCCCUGCCCAACCUGAAGAAACUCGACAAUGUUGAGGUCACAAAGCAGGAGGUGGAGGAGGCGCUGCGUGGAGGCGGAGUCGGCGCACCAGAGGAAGAGGUCUACGAGGAUGCUUACCAGCAACAUCAGCAGUCGACGCGGUCAUCGCCGCAGCAGAUACCGCAGCAGCAGCAACACAGCUACCCGCAACACUCGCCGCCGCUGCAGCAGCAGCAGCAACCAUACCAACCGCAGCAGCAGCAGUCGCAGCAGCAGCGCGUCUGCACCAGUCCCACGAAAGAGCCGCCGCAGUUGCCCAGUCCGCUGGUAAAAAACAGCAGCGAAGGAAGCAUCAGCCAAAGUGCCAGCGAUCUCUGCCAGGUGCAGGCGGCUCAGCCGCUAAAGGGUUCCCAGCCGCCCACGCCCACCAAGGAACCCGUGCAUCCGCCAUCGCCCAUGUAUAACACCAUAACCAAAGAGCAGCGCACCUCCUACCACCAGUACGAUCGCUCGCCGGGAUCCGAUCAGGAAAGUAGUCUGCACACUUACAGGGAGGUGCGGCCCACGCCGUUCCCGCCCAGCAUUUCUGCGCACUCAAUGAAGGAAUACUAUCAGUCGGACAGACCCGCCUACCCGGCGCACUACCGCCACAGCCAGACGGACCUCACCGAGUGGGAGGAGCACCAGCAGGUGCCCCAGGUGCAUCACAAUCCCUACGGCAGCCAGAAACAGUUGCACCACCCGCAGCGACGCAGCGCAGGACCGGAGAUGACGGCCUACCGGAACGGCAGUGCCAGGGAGAACGGCGGCGAAUGGGAUGCGGAGGACAGACCCAGGGCGAGGCGACCCGAGGGAAGAUAUAGUGACGGGACCUCGUCAUUGUCGGCCUCUGUGAUGAAUCACUACUCGGGCUACCAUCGCAGGCCCAUAAAUAGGCUGAAUCACGUCCCGCUUUCACAGAAUUCGAAUAUUCUCUCCGCCGCACUGUGUUUGGUGAAGGAGUUGGACUACGCCAGUCUGGAGGUUCUGGAGCACGCUGUGCGGUGUCGCAUUGAUGAGUUGGCGAACGAAUGAUGAAGACGACUCUCUAAUCGCAUGUCGAUUAGCUAAUCCAACGCCUCAGCGGCGUUGCAAAAUACAAAUGACCAGGAAAACUGAACACACUUAAAAGACACGAAGCGCAGGGGAAAGGGGAAACUGAUAUUAUACUAACGUCUUAAGCAACAAAUAACAAUUACAAAUCGGAUACUUAACGAGGAUAGGGAUUCAUACUUGCCAAUUGUAAACCAAUAGUGUAACUAUCAACUUUUGUAAGCAUUUUGUCAUGUAACGAACUUUGCUAUUGGAAACACAUAACGAAACAGUAAUCUAGGACAUAAUCCGACUAUCGAUCACAGAUCCUGUUCAUUUGAUUCCCAAUCGAGAGCACAGACCACAAAAACUAGCCUUCUUUUGUACUUAACUCGCGAAGAUCGACUAGCGAACUAAUGUCGCCCAAGGCGAAGGAGCACAAUGUAUCUUCCUUGAUUCUUUCUAAGAUUAGUUGAAAUACUCAUGUCUUUGUUAAAUAUUUGUACGCUAAACCUUAAUUUUAAAAUAUUUACCUAAAAUGCAAUGAACACGUCCAGUUUAUGUUUGCCGUUCUCUUUUUAACGAUUACGUUGGAAACUAUAAUGCAAAAAAUAAACAAAUUAACAGUA